CCCUUACUCAUCUGUUUCUGUAGCUGCGUUGAGAGGAAGGGCACCUGCCGCUCCCUGGUGAUUCAGCCUUUCAGCUUCGUGGAGCUCCUCUCAGACAGCAUGUCCCUCUUUCCUCUGCAGUGGCUGGCCGUCCCGUCUUCUGCUCUUCAUCCUCUGCUCCUCAUCCUCUGCACUGCAUCCUCACCUCCACACCGACUCUAAAGUGCUCAGGUGAGUGAGGGCUACUCUUCGCCUCUCUUCUACACCGCGCAGAACAUUUAAGGACUCUUUUUUUUUUUGUUUACAGCCAUUGUGACGCCUCUAUUUAUAGAUUUCCUGUGGGACAGCAUGAGUGAGGAACUUGUGCGCAGAAGGCUGUCUUCCUACCUCCCAGACUGUUAACAAGCUCACUCUUCAUACCUUACUGCCGCCUCAUGAUGGAAAACAUAGUCGAGGAGACCGGUGGCAGACACUGUGAUGCUCUGAGUUAAUAGUGUAGGUGUUCCGUGACCCAGAAGGAUGACCGAGGGAAUGGAGGACAUCUCUCCCCCUCCUGGACAGGCCUCCCCCACCAGCUCUACUGUUGACACUGGACAAGUCCCCGAGGAGAAACCAGAGGAGAAACCAGAGGAGACGGAGGCAGCUGGCGAGGGUGGGGAGGGUGCAGAGGGUGAUGGGGAACAUGUGGGGGCUUUGGGAGUCGUGGCCUUGCCUGGAACCUGCUGUGUGUGCAUAGAGAUGGAACGGAUUAACAAUUGUCUGCACUCGGAGAAAAUCUGCAUCCUUCCCAUCCUGGCCUGUCUGCUGAGUUUAGCCCUCUGCACCGCCGGCCUCAAGUGGGUCUUUGUGGAUAAGAUCUUUGAGUACGAACCCCCCACACACUUAGACCCCAAACCCAUCGGACAAGACCCCAUCAUCAUAUCUGUGACCCCCACGCUGGGACUGACUGUGUCCAUCCCUCACUCGUCGUCUACGUCUUUUGUCUCCUUGACCACGGCCAUUACCUCGGGACGUCCUGAGGUUUUAAUGGAGGAGAAAUCCACACGAGGGCCGUACGUUUCCCCUCGAGUGACUCACGCUGAUGCCUCUGUGACUCUGAAAUACAGCGCAGAGCGGCCCACCCUCCCAAAGCUGACUCCCCUCCCUCGGACAACACAGGAGAGAAACGACAUCUUCAUCCCAACUCAAUAUAAGCUGAGUGUGUCCCUGUUUUGUCAUUGUGUUUGCAAAUGGUGCGUUCUUUCCUCUGUCAGGCAGAGUCUCCUGCAGACACGUUGCGACUUGCAGAGUGUAGCAAGAGGCCCAUGA